UGCGCCCCCGUGCGCCCCGAGGCUCGCCGGCCCCCCGCCAACCGGGAGCGCGCAGUCAGUCCGGCCUGUGUCCAGUCGCGCCACCCCCUCCCCCGGGGGACGUGGAGCAAGGGGCGGGAAUCGGGAUGAAAUCCCGCAGGGAUAAGCUGCGUAUCCCCGCGCUGACCCUCGAUUUGUCCCCCAGCACCCGGAGCCCUUCCCUGCGCAGCCCUUGUAGCCCCUCAGCGGGCCUGCGCCCUUGGAGCUGCCGCAGUGGGAGCCGCAAGAGCCUGGCAGUGGGGACCCCCUCGCCCACGCUUUCCCGGCCCCUGUCGCCGCUAUCUAUCCCCACGGCAGGCAGCAGCCCCCUAGACAGUCCCCGGAACUUCUCGGCUGCCGCUGCCGCUGCCAACUUCCCCUUCGCCCGGAGCCACAUCUCCCUGGCCGACAGGGCGGACGGCAGAAGAUGGUCUCUGGCCUCCCUCCCGUCUUCCGGCUAUGGAACCAACACACCCAGCUCCACCGUCUCGUCCAGCUCAUCCUCCCGGGAGCGGCUGCACCAGCUUCCGUUCCAGCCAACGGCGGACGAGCUGCGUUUCCUGGCCAAGCACUUCCGCAGCUCGGAGAGCGUGGUGGACGAGGAGGGCGGCCGCUCACCACGCCUGCGCCCCCGCUCCCGCAGCCUCAGCCCGGGACGCGCCACAGGGACCUUCGACAAUGAGAUCGUCAUGAUGAACCAUGUGUACCGAGAACGCUUCCCCAAGGCCACGGCACAGAUGGAGUGCCGCCUGCGUGAGUUCCUGGCGGCCUGGGCGCCCGGUGCCCGCCUGGGCCUGGCGGACGGCGUCUUGGGCUUCAUCCACCACCAGAUCAUGGAGCUGGCACGCGACUGCCUGGCCAAGUCGGGCGAGGCCCUGGUCACCUCGCGCUACUUCCUGGAGAUGCAGGACAAGUUGGAGCGGCUGCUGCAGGAUGCCCACGAGCGCUCGGACAGCGAGGAGGUGGGCUUCAUCGUGCAGCUGGUCCGCAAGUUACUGAUCAUCAUCUCGCGGCCCGCGCGGCUGCUGGAGUGCUUGGAAUUCGACCCGGAAGAGUUUUACCACUUGCUGGAGGCCGCUGAGGGCCAGGCUCGGGAGGGGCAGGGCAUCAAGACGGACCUGCCACAGUACAUCAUUGAGCAGUUGGGCCUCACCAAGGACCCCCUGCAGGAGUUUGUGCCGCUGUGUCACCUGGAUAACGAAGGACAGCCGCCAGCCCCUGAGUCCCCAGAGAACCGGGCCCUGGUUGGCCCGUCACGGAGGAAGCCAUGCGAGAGCGACUUCGAGACCAUUAAACUCAUCAGCAACGGUGCCUAUGGCGCCGUGUACCUGGUGCGGCACCGGGAGACACGGCAGCGCUUUGCCAUCAAGAAGAUCAACAAGCAGAACCUGAUCCUGCGCAACCAGAUCCAGCAGGUGUUUGUGGAGCGAGACAUCCUGACCUUCGCCGAGAACCCCUUCGUGGUCGGCAUGUUCUGCUCCUUCGAGACGCGCCGCCACCUCUGCAUGGUCAUGGAGUACGUGGAAGGCGGCGACUGCGCCACACUGCUCAAGCACAUGGGCCCGCUCCCCGUGGACAUGGCCCGCAUGUACUUUGCUGAGACAGUGCUGGCGCUGGAGUACUUGCACAACUACGGCGUCGUGCACCGAGACCUCAAGCCGGACAACCUGCUUAUCACCUCCCUGGGCCACAUCAAGCUGACCGACUUCGGCCUGUCCAAGAUUGGGCUCAUGAGCAUGGCUACCAACCUCUACGAGGGCCACAUUGAGAAGGACGCGCGGGAGUUCGUGGACAAGCAGGUGUGCGGGACGCCCGAGUACAUCGCGCCCGAGGUCAUCUUCCGCCAGGGCUACGGCAAGCCGGUGGACUGGUGGGCCAUGGGCAUCAUCCUGUACGAGUUCCUGGUGGGCUGCGUGCCCUUCUUCGGAGACACGCCCGAGGAGCUGUUCGGCCAGGUCGUCAGCGACGAGAUCAUGUGGCCUGAAGGGGACGAUGCCCUCCCUGCCGAUGCCCAGGACCUCAUCACCAGGUUGCUACGCCAGAGCCCGAUGGACCGCCUGGGCACCGGGGGCACCCACGAGGUCAAGCAGCACGCCUUCUUCUGGGGCCUGGACUGGGCCGGCCUCCUGCGGCACAAGGCCGAGUUUGUGCCACAGCUGGAGGCCGAAGAUGAUACCAGCUACUUCGACACGCGCUCGGAGCGGUACCGCCACCUGGGCUCCGAGGACGACGAGACCAAUGACGAGGAGUCCACCGGCAUCCCGCAGUUCUCCUCCUGCUCCCACCGCUUCAGCAAGGUUUACAGCAGCUCUGAGUUCCUGGCUGUGCAGACCGCAUCGAACUUGGCCGAGAGGAGUUUCAGCGAGGACCGGGAGGAAGGCUGGGAGCGGGCGGGCGACGGGGACGGCAGCGGCCGCCUGGGCGCUGACACCCGCCUGCGGUCCUGGACGUCGUCAGGUUCUUCCUCUCACUCGUCUUUGUGCCAGCCCGAGCGCGGCCCCAGCCCAUGCCAGCUAAGCACCAUCGGCCCGGAUACCAUGCCCAAGUUUGCCUUCUCAUCCGAAGAUGAGGGGGCCUGCCCGGCGCCCGGUGACACCAAAAGGCCUGUCUUCGUGCUAGGCGAGCCAGACCCCCAGCCGCCACCACCGCCAGCCACACCAGUCACGCCCAAGCCUCCAGGGCUUUCUGCCGACGCAGCCGCCCUCAGCCGUGCCCGCCUACGGAGCAACAGUACGGGCACCCGACACUCCACCCCAAGGCCCCCAGACGCUGGCCGGGGCCGCCGCCUCGGGGGACCCAGAGACGCUGACAAGGCCAAGGCCACCAGCGGAGGCAGCAGCGGCCGUGUGCCCAAGUCAGCCUCUGUGUCUGCCCUGUCGCUCAUCAUCACUGCAGACGACGGCAGCGGUGGGCCCCUCAUGAGCCCCCUGUCCCCGCGCUCGCUCUCCUCCAACCCAUCUUCCCGUGACUCGUCGCCCAGCCGGGACCCGUCGCCCGUGUGCGGCAGCCUGCGGCCGCCCAUCGUCAUCCACAGCUCGGGCAAGAAAUACGGCUUCAGCCUGCGCGCCAUCCGCGUCUACAUGGGCGACAGCGACGUGUACACCGUUCACCAUGUGGUCUGGAGCGUGGAGGACGGAAGCCCGGCCCAGGAGGCAGGCCUGCGCGCCGGAGACCUCAUCACCCACAUCAAUGGCGAGUCGGUGCUGGGCCUGGUGCACAGGGACGUGGUGGAAUUACUGCUCAAGAGCGGCAACAAGAUAUCCCUGCGGACCACGGCGCUGGAGAACACAUCCAUCAAGGUGGGCCCCGCCCGCAAGAACGUGGCCAAGGGCCGCAUGGCGCGGAGGAGCAAGCGCAGCCGCCGGCGGGAGACCCAGGACAGGUGCGGGGCCGGGGAGGGAGUGCGCAUGAGAAAGUCGCUUUUUAAGAAGAUCUCGAAGCAGUCCUCCGUGCUGCACACGAGCCGCAGCUUCUCCUCCGGCCUCCACCACUCGCUGUCCUCCAGCGAGAGCCUCCCCGGCUCCCCCACCCACAGCCUCUCCCCCAGCCCCACCACGGCCUGCCGCAGCCCUGCCCCUGACGCCCCCGCAGAUACCGCGUCCCCCCCCAGCGGAUCCCCAAACUCCAGCAGCCCCGCUUCUCCAGCCACCGGCCACACCCGGCCCAGCUCCCUGCACGGCCUGGCUGCCAAGUUGGGGCCACCCCGCCACAAGACGGGCCGCCGCAAAUCCACUAGCAGUAUCCCGCCCUCCCCGCUGGCCUGCCCGCCCGUGUCUGCACCCCCACCCCGCUCACCGUCGCCCCUGCCCGGGCACCCACUGGCACCUGCACGCUCCCCUCGCCUGCUGCGCCGGGGCCAGUCGGCGGACAAGCUGGGCUCGGGCGAGCGGCUGGACGGCGAGACGGGACGGCGUGGCAGCUGCCGGGGGCCCGACGCCGCCUCCGAGCUGGUUAUCAUGCGUCGGCUGCACCUGUCGGAGCGGCGGGAUUCCUUCAAGAAGCAGGAGGCUGUGCAGGAAGUGAGCUUCGACGAGCCCCCAGAGGAAGGCAGCACGCCCUCGCCGGCCUCGGUGCCGCAGAUAGCCGUGGAAGGUGCCGAGGCCGGCCCAGGAGACCUUGGACCUGCUGCUGGGGGAGACUGGUAGUCCCACCGCCCUGGCCUCCAAGGAGGGCCUGGCUUUGUUGAUGUGCAACCUUGCUGUUUCCAUGAGGUCACGUACGGGGGCCUCUGGCACCUGCCUCCAGGGGCAAGAGCCUUCUAGAAUAGGGAGCGACAGGUGUCAGGGGACAAGGGCAUUGUAAAUAGCAGCGGCUCCCGCGCCCCCUACCCCAUGACUAAUUUAUUACUUUUUAUAAGCAAUAGCCAGACUGGGAGGCGCUGUGGCCCUGGUGGAGGCGGGUCAUAGCAUCUGCAGCCACGCCCCCUCGGCUGAGACGUGCACUUUGGCUAGCCGUGUGUGUGUGUGUGUGUGUGUGUGUGUGUGUGUGUGUGUGUGUGUGUCUGACCUGAGCUCAGCCUGGAGCAGGACAGAGAUACCCCAGGCCUUUGCCCUGUCAGCAUGCCUUGGCCUUUGCAAUGGGCACGUCCAGGCCAGCACAGCCUGCAGGAGCAGGUGUGGGCGAGGCACCCAUGCUGGGUGUGUGUGUGUGUGUGUGUGAGGGUGCAGGCUUCCGUCCUGGACAAGCUGGCUUUCCCCCCGCUGUGAUGUGCCUGUGACAACUCCCAUGUCGCCACAGCAGGUGUCCCAGCUGCCCCUCCCCCGGGGUGACAGUUCAAGCCCCCCGUGUGUGCGGCUCCUAGGGGAAGUGGCUUUCCCCACUUUGCCUCCAGUGUCUUUGUGUUUACAAAACUAUUUAUUACUAUGAAGCGCCUCUUGUGUGCCAAAGCGCUUUUCCGUGCAGCUUCUCCCCGUGGCUCAGCCAGCCUCGAGCAGGUGGGAAGCUGGCUCCGUCAGCUUGGGGACCAAGUCAUGUUGCACGUCCAGCGAGAUGGGGUGGCCACGGCCCUGCCCCCUUGAGAACGGGGUGUCGGGGCGGGGAGGGCACCCCAGCAGCACAGAGCUUAGGGUCUGGCCACAGCUGCAGGUGGCCCCACUUGUCCAGCCCACUUGCCCAGCCACCCCAGCCCAGGCUGCUGCUGCUGGAGGCUUAGACCAAGGCUGUGUGCAUGACUUCUCACCCCCUUUACCAUCCUGGAGCUGGCAGUGAAUAAAAGCCACCUUUACAAAAAAAAAAAAGAAAAAAAACUGGGGGGUCUAACGUCUGAGUUUGUUGGUGGGCAGGGGUGAAAGAAGACUUGGGUCAGAGGCACCCCAAGUGGAUUUUGAGGAGUUCGUCACACUCCCCCUGCUCCCCUUUCUUCAUCCAGAGCGCUCCUUUUGGUCAAGUGUCUUUUCUACCCCGUUUUCUUGGGCUGUACCAUUCGACCACUUGGAGGUUCCCGGGCCCGAGCGCGUUCGGGUGUUUCCGGAGCUCUUCGGUCCUCGCCGCGCUGGCCACGCCCCCAGCUCCCACA